UUAACGGCGAAAUAAAUCCCGCUCUGAGUACUUCAUCACGGACCACUAACAGGGAGGUGAAUGGACCUUCACCGCCCCUUCAAGAUGGACAGCCCCUCCUACCUGCCAGCUCCACUGGCCUCCCCUGCCCUGAUGGUCCUCGCCACCACUGCCGAGGCCGGCCGAGACGCCUCCGUCCCCUGCCAGGCGCCCAGGCCCUUCGGUGUCCCUGCUUCUGUAGAGAAGGACCUCCACCUUCCCUUCCCCUCAGCCUCCUACACGUUCACCUCCAUGUAUCAGCGACAGGGCCCCAUGUCAGGCACCUUUCCCUCCCGAGACUUCCCAGCCUCCCUGCUCCACCUGCACCCCCAGUUCACCCCACCGAACCUGGACUGCUCCACCCUUGGUAUGCUCAACCACAGCGGGGUGGGCGCCUUCCGACCUUUCGCCUCCCCGCCAGAGGAGAGGGAGUCGGGGGGUUACCAGUCGGCUUUUACCCCUGCCAAGAGGCUGAAAAGCUGCUUCCCGGAGGUGGAGGGGAAGGAGUUUGACUUCGGCUCCUCGGGAGGCUCCCUCAAAACCGGGGAGGACUCGGGGAGGAAGCUGUUCUCCAUGUCUGGCCUGCUGUCUGACGGAGAGGCUUCAUCGAGCCCGGAGGAGCGCAAAGAGCACAUUAAGGUGAAGGGUCUCUACGACACUCAGGCGCCAAUGUGUCCAGUCUGCCAGGCCAUUCUGCGACCGGGAGAGCUGCAAGAACACAUGGAGCAGGAGUUAACCAAACUCGCCCAGCUGCAAAUCAGUGCCACUCCGGUUCAGCACGAACACCUCUUAAGGACCCCAAAGUCUCUCUCUCUCUCUCUGCAUAUAAAGCGUGAAGGAGGUUCUCCCACCUCACCCCCUCGACCAGCUGAGGACGCCCACUCUGACCGAUACCAGACGUUUCUCCGAGUGCGGGCCAACAGACACACAAGACUAAAUGUCGAUGACCUCUGCUGGUGCAGGUGCUACGUCAAAUCUGCCCCAUUACGCCCCCACAGCGCAGGAGCCCACCUAGACUGCACACAAGCUGUCAGGAUUGGAAAGCUGAAGAGGAGGAAACCAGAGGAGGGACAGGAGGGUUCAGCGGACUUGGUGCCAUUGGAGGACGAGUGGAAUGAGAGGAGAAGGAUACAGAUGACGUCUAUAGUCGGAGGGCUUAAAGGUGCAAUGCUGGUGAGCACAACUUCUAAGGAUUGUCGAGACAGCGAUGCAGACCUGGACGUGGACGGAGAUGAUACUCUUGAGUACGGCAGAGCACAAUACACGGACACAGAUGUGAUCCCCUGCUCAGGAGAAAGCUGCAAGGAGACGACAGUGAACAGCAGCAGCAGCGGCGGCAGCAGUACAUUGCCUGAUUCCAGAGUAAACCUAGACUUUUCCAAAUGGUUAACUGAUGGGAGUCCGUCUACCAGCAGUGGAGAUAAAGUGGACGGCAGUUUAACUGCUCUGCCCAAAACCUGCAAAAAUACUGAGAUAGAGAUGCUCUCAGAGGACUCCACACUGACAACUCUGGAUGCACUUAAAGCUCGGAUACGGGAUUUGGAAAAACAGUUGUCUAAAGGAGACAGAUUUAAAUGCCUCAUCUGCAUGGACACCUACACAACCCCGCUCACUUCCAUCCAGUGCUGGCAUGUUCACUGCGAGGAGUGUUGGCUUCGGACGCUGGGAGCAAAGAAGUUGUGUCCUCAGUGCAACACCAUCACUUCACCUGGAGACCUGAGGCGGGUUUACCUGUGAGAGGGG